AUGAAGUCCCAAAGCCUCACUCUCGCCGCUUCUCUGUUGGCCGGCGGUGCCUUCGCCUUCCAGCUUGGCGGCGGCCCUCCACCACCACCCGAAACCACCAUGGCCGAGAACUUCCCCUGGCGCAACCCCUUCACCUCCAACUUGACCGACUCCUACACGCACACGUGCGAGGCCUCGAAGACGUUCGCCGCGACUCAGUACACGCUCCACGAUCUGUUCGAAAAGCAACCCUUGGGACUCUUCCCCUGGGGAGACGGCCUGAAGCUCUUCUUCUCUGGUCGCGAGUACCCGGGAAGCUGGGCCGGCCUCGAUCGUCACUUGCACGACCGCAACCUGCUCAUGAUGGCCUACGCCGACCUGCCUCUCCGUGUCCGUGAGUGGAUCGAGGACCAGGAGCGCACCGAGGACAGCCAGGGACAGGGCCUGUUUGCCGUCUUUGAUAAGCCUGCCACCGAAGAGGAGAAGAUCAAGGAGCGCGUCGCUGUUCCGGAGGAUCCCAAGGAGCUUGAUCGUGAACUCGAUGAGAAGAGGGUAGCGAUCUUUGCGCCCGGAGCUUUGUAUCACAUCCUUCCGCUUUUCGUUGCCGAUGGCAGCGAUUGCCAAGAAACCCUCGCCGACCUGAGCAACUACAGCCCCACGCCCAAGGACGCGGCUGUUGUGUCAUGGCCCGUUAGCCAUACCCGACCCAACCUAGAUGAGAAGAAGAGGGAUAUCAAGUUCACCGUCAAGGCGCAAGUACUCAAACUGAAGGAAGGUGCAACAGAGGCUGUGGCAGGAGAGGAGGCAAAAGCAGCUAAUGUCCAAGAAUCCAAGGACGAGCUGUGA